GUCGCGUACAUUUGGCGUGUGCGUGUCUGCGUGUGCGUGUGCGUGUCUGCGUGUGCGUGUCUUGUGAUAAAGCUUGGCGUGGGUGGAAUAAAGCGUUGACAAAGUCAUCGUCGCGCGUGUGCGCUGGUCACUUUGACGCGGACACACAGAGAGAGAAAGUGGUCCGUGAACGCACCUUGCUGUUAACUUUGACGCGGACACACAGAGAGAGAGGUCCGUGAACGCACCUUGCUGUUAACUUUGGCGCAGACACUCAGAGAGAGAGAGGUCCGUGAAUGCACCUUGCUGUUAACUUUGACGCGGACACAGAGAGAGAGAGAGAGAGAGGGGUCCGUGAACGCACCUUGCUGUUAACUUGGACGCGGACAGAGAGAGAGAGGUCCUUGAAGGCACCUUGCAUCCACAGCAGUCAGCAGAGAUGGGGGGCCAUCACAGCAGGGCCAGUCACAGCCAGCUUCGAUCUGCGUCCUACAGUACACACCACCACUACCAUCCCAAAGUGCACAAUUCAAUCAAUGGAGACCGCCCCUUCCCACCUCUGCUCUUCCACCCGAGGACCAAGGGCUCGCGGAUCCUUAUUGACCCCUCGCAGAAAACCGUCAAAAGGACCGCCAGCUUCUGUGACGGCAUCGUGUUCAGCAACAGACACGUGGCCAUCAACGAGGUGGUCCGACUCGAGAUCACAGCCAGCCAGUCCUCCUGGCAGGGCGCGCUACGCAUCGGUUUUACAACGGAAGACCCCUCCACCAUGAGUCCCGAUCGACUGCCCAAGUAUUCGUGUCCGGAUCUGGCCGCUAAGCCCGGCUUCUGGGUGAAAGCGCUGCCGGAUGAGUUGCUCCAUACGGGGAACGUCAUCUCCUUCUGGGUGAACAUUAAAGGCAGCGUGUUCUACCAGGUCUACAACGACAACCCCAAACGUUUGCUGAGUCAUCUCCCCGUCUGGCAGCUCCUGUGGGUUCUCAUUGACGUCUAUGGACAGACCAAAGGAGUCCAGUUUCUUGACAAUGACCUCCAUGCCGGUGUGGCUUUCACCGCCAGACACCGAAAUGGCUUCCAGCAGAGGAAGCGCGGCGACCCGCUUCCUCUCAGCCUUUUCGGCGAGGAAUGCCCCCAGCAACGUGGCGUCCACGUCCUUCUCCCUCCUCAUUAUCAAGAACAUGGCCCCUUGAACGGCUGCUGCCGCCACGACCCGGACGCCGAGCCGCACCGCGGCGAGCACGUGCCACCGCCGGACCGGCACGGCGAGAUGUGGGCCAAUCACCCGCUCAAGAUCUCAGACGCAGAUGUGCGAGAUCCGUCACCCCCCAGCUCGCCCCCUCCUCCCGCAGUGUUUGACAGCGUGUCCAGCUCGCCACUUCCUUCACACGCAGAGGCGGCGGCUGCGUGGGAGGAGUGCGUGGUUUGCUACGAGGAGGCGGUGGACACGGUGCUGUACUCCUGCGGCCACAUGUGUCUCUGCCACCGCUGCGCCCUCAGGCUGAAGGAGGGCCAGUGUCCCAUCUGCAGGAAGAAGAUCACGGACGUCAUCAAGAUUUACCGCAGCUCCGUGCGCCGCUGACGGGCAACACUCGGGGAGCCAAAUGUUUUGGGACGACACCUUUUUUGAACGUAGCAGACGUCGACGCGCCGCUACGUCGUCACGCAGUUCGCUAGUCCAGGGAUUGAGCCCAGAACUUUCCACUCAGACAUCAUAUCUGUGAGCAGGUGUGUGAAUAUGUCCAAUCACAUGAGUCAUAUGGUUAUGGUUUUUUCCAUCCAUCCAUUUUUUACCGCGCUGGUGCCUAUCUCAGCUACAAUCGGGCGGAAGGCGGGGUACACCCUGGACAAGUCGCCACCUCGUCGCAGGUUAUGGUUUUUUAAGUCUUUGAAAUAUGUUUUGCAUUGCAAUAAAUCAUAAAGUGAU